UCUCAGAGCACGGCAGCCAUGGCAGACACAGCAGUUAUCGGUUCAGAGACGGGGACCGUGGAGCCCCAGCAACAACACAAUCUCGAGGGCACACCCAACGAUGAGAAUGCCCUCACACACCCUUCAUCAGAGACUGCCGUCACCAUCGCCGUCGCAGGCGCUGACACGGACGUCGUCCAGAAGAAGACUAAAAAGGUGAUUCGCCGCAAGCGACGCCCAGCUCGACCCCAGGUAGACCCCGAACAGGUCAAAUCAGAACCACCCCCACAGACCGGCACGGUCUUCAACAUCUGGUACAACAAGUGGUCCGGCGGAGACCGCGAGGACAAAUACCUCUCGAAACACGCUGCGCCAUCACGCUGCAACGUCGCGAAGGACAGUGGGUAUACUCGCGCGGACAAAGUGCCCGGAUCAUACUUCUGUUUGUUUUUCGCGCGGGGUCUCUGCCCCAAGGGCCACGAAUGCGAGUACCUGCACCGUCUGCCGAUGCUGCAUGAUUUGUUCAAUCCGAAUGUGGAUUGUUUCGGACGGGACAAGUUCAGCGAUUACCGCGAUGACAUGGGCGGUGUUGGUUCGUUUAUGCGGCAGAAUAGAACGCUCUACGUUGGUCGGAUCCAUGUUACCGAUGAUAUUGAGGAGGUCGUUUCGCGUCAUUUCGCCGAAUGGGGCCAGAUCGAGCGCAUCCGUGUGCUUACUUCUCGCGGCGUUGCCUUCGUCACGUACACCAAUGAGGCGAAUGCGCAGUUUGCGAAAGAGGCUAUGGCACACCAGAGUUUGGAUCACAAUGAGAUUCUCAACGUUCGGUGGGCGACGGUUGAUCCGAACCCGUUGGCCCAGAAGCGUGAGGCGAGGCGGUUGGAGGAACAGGCCGCUGAAGCCGUGCGGAGGGCUCUUCCGGCGGAGUUUGUCGCGGAACUAGAGGGUCGGGAUCCAGAGGCGCGGAAGAGGAAAAAGCUAGAGGGGACGUUUGGUUUGGAUGGCUACGAGCCGCCUGAUGAAGUGUGGUAUGCCCGAUCGAAGCAGCUGGAGAACGCUGAGCAAACCGCCCAGCUUGAGGGAUCAAGCCAGCCCUUGCUGAUGGAAUCAGCACCCCCAGCUGCAUCUGCUGCUGCGACUCCGCAAGAAGUGCAAGGUGGCAUAUUUUCCAGUUCAACUGUUGCUGCACUAAAUGGACUGUCAGGGCGUGUAACGACACAAGCGCCUCGACCCUCUGGAGGGCCGUUAGUAUCAUACGGGAGUGACGAUGAGAGUGACUAG